UCAAGUUCAAGAAAUCCCGACAGAUUAAAUGAAAACCCGGCACUUUCUUCUAUUUAAUCAGUUUUCGUUUAGUGUUGUGUCGGUAUAAGACAAGGUAGAUUGAGAAUUAACUAGCGCACCAUAUUCAUAAAAGAGCAGUACCUUCAUGAGUAGGUUUCUACGGGCGCCCGCGGGCGGCACCGCGGUAGUCACGGCAACCGCGUCGCCGUAGCGAUGGUGGGCUUCGACCCGCACGACAGCGUGACGCUGACGCAGUCGCAGCAGGCGCUCGCCGGAGCUAGCAGCGGCAUCGUCACUCGCCUGGUCACGCAGCCGCUAGACGUGCUCAAGAUCCGAUUCCAGUUGCAAAUAGAGCCGGUAUCUCAGCGCAGCAAGUGCAAUUCUAAGUACAAGAGUGUGUGGCAGGCGUUCAAGCUGAUUAAGUUAGAGGAAGGGGUGCCGGCAUUGUGGAAAGGUCACGUCCCCGGCCAGGGCUGCUCCAUCAUAUACGGAGUGUUCCUGUUUGUCGUCUUUGAGACGAUCACGCGUGACGUGUGGGCGUACCUGCCACACUCGGUAACGACGGACUGGAGAGAGGAGGUGCACUUCAUCUGCGGCGGACUGAGCGGAGCGUUGGCGAGCGUCGCCGCCCAGCCGAUGGAUGUCAUGCGAACGCGACUCAUCGCCCAGGGCGAGCCCAAGGUCAGCGUAGAGAUAGCGUGCUGCCAUCUAGUGUGUGGUGCUGUAACUAAAUCCUCAGCGAUGGUGGAGCGCAUCGUGUGUGGCUCGGCGUCCGGCAUGUCGGCGAAGCUGGCAGUGCAGCCUCUCGACUUUGUCAAGAAGCGCCUGCAGGUGUGUGGCUUUGAGGAGGCACGCACCAGGUUCGGACAGGUGGGUGGUGCAAUACGUAGCAGCAGUGUAGCUGUAACAGGAGUGGAGGUGAGGACGUAUCAUGGCACGAUACAUUGCAUCUGUUCCGUGUUCAAGCAUGAGGGCGUCGCCGGAUUCUACAAGGGUACCGUGCCGAGUCUGAUCAAGGCUUCCAGCGUCACCUGCCUCAGCUUCCUCGUCUACGAGCAGUUCUGCGACAUGCUGCGUUACUACCGGCAACGCCGGCACGUCUCCUAGCAACGCCGACGACAACGAGUUGCCACGGCGACGCGAGUAUGCGUUUCUGUGAAGUGUGUUGGUGGGGGGGCGGCGAAGCAGCGUUCACGUGCCGGUGAGGCCCAAAGUGGUGUUCGCUUGUUGGUGGGGCGGCGAAGCUACGUUCACUUGUUGGUGGAGCGGUGAAGUGAUGCUCACUUGUUGGUGGAACGGACAAGUGAUGUUCGCUUGUUGGUCGAGCGGCGCGGACCUGCUCCAUGUGAUUGACGCUAUGGGUUAUGAGGCCGGUAGGUGGCGCCUCGCAGCGGAGUAAACGAACGGCAGGUGCGUCACUCAAUCAGGGGCGCUACGACUGAUCCCUGCGUCGGUGUGUGCUGAUGAUGCAAUCAUUGAUGCACGCCGUAAUAUCGCACGUCUUUUGCACCAGGAGUUGUAACGUAUCGACUCCAUGUAUUCGAGAGUGUGGCACGAUCGUGCGUCUUUGUCAAUACCGGUGGAUGUGCGUGUAUGGAAGGCGGUUUCCAUGAUGCCUUACAAACAAGCAGGCGAUGACGCGUGCCGCCAUGCCGGCGCCCCCUGCUGGCAAGGAACUAGAGGAUAUAUUUGUCAUGCUUAUGCAGCGCGCGGGUCUGUUGGCAGCGGGCCAAUUUCUCACCGGUAGAUCUUGCAGCGUUGGUAGUUUGCGCUUUCACGAGUGCAUCUAGUUUUUUUAGACGGGAGCAACGGAUUUGUCAUGAGCUUGCUAGUCCAUUUCAGCUUCGCCAUAUCAGUUUCUGGUGUCCGUCGAUCACGCGUUUCCAGUGGUCGGUGAUUGGGCGUUGCGAGCCGGUAGGGGGCGCUGGUAAUUCGACGAGCGAGGCAGCUUUGCUUGGCAUUAUUCGCCUGCUUUUUUGGCGUUUUGUUUUGUUUAAAUACUGGUGACGAGCUCAAGGUAGCUCGCCUUAUAGCAGUGCUGGGAAUACUAGCGGGGCAGGGGCUUUCAACAUAUGCCGGCAAUCGACAAUGCUCUAACCGUAGCAUGUACAAUAUACACACGUGUGCAAUGUGCUGUAUGUGUGUUUGCACGCUGGCUUGCUGGUGGGAGGGAGAGAAGGAAAACAUCAGACUUUGUUACAGACAAACCGUCCUCAGGAUUUGCAAGAUCUUCCUUUAGUGGUGGUGUACAUAGUAAUAUAUAGGACGUGUUAUUCUCUCACAUUUAAGUAUAACCGCCACCUUUAUUUUUUACUAUCUCCACGGCGACAGUCACCGUAGUUUUGCAUAAUAGUUUCCAUGGCAACGGUCGCCAUUCCGGGUGCGUCAGGUUAUUCGAAGCGGCCAUUGACAGUCGGUCAGAUGUUCUUCUUGGUUUGCAUGUGGCAGUCACAUGCAGGAUCUUGAAUGUACGCGGCUUUCCGGUGCAUGCGUUGACACUUGAUACGUGUCUGCUUUGCUGCGUGUGAGUCGGCACGCUACCGUGGUGGACCCAUCCUUGCCGGUGACGAUCAGUUCUGUGAUCUUUACAUCGUUUUAAGAGUGUUCCAUUAGCUGUCGGGGUCGCGAGAGUAGUGUUGUAUCUCUGGCAUAGCUGGAUGGAACUUGUUACCAUGCACAAGCUAGUGUGGAUGUCUUUGUGCAUGUGUGUGUGAGAAAGUGGUGGGCACGAAUACUCUAAAUAUGAAUAAGGUGAAUAGACAGGUUGAGUGCAGCUACCAGCAAGCCGGUGAAAUUAUAACAAUCAAGUUCUUAAAGGUUUUCAUAUGAAAAUCUAUUCCACAGAUCUGAAUCAAUUUGUCAAUUAACUGCAUCUAGGAAGUAAUACAGUAAUCUCUAAAGUCCGGCCUCAGACAUUGAUUUAUUGAUGUGACAAGUGAUUGUAAAGGUCACCAGGGUCAUGUUGUCAUCAAUAGGUUAUCACUAAAAGUUACUGAGCCUAUGAUGUGGUUUGGAUACCAGUGCAAGAGGUCAGAGUGCAUGGCAGCGGGUAUGGUACACCCACGCAUUGUUCGAAGGUCGAGCGAAGAAAGUUUGUGUUGGUGUUACUUUUUUCCGAAUACCUGAUGAAAAAGCUUAUGUGGAGCUCUUAACUAUUCUCAGAGAGAUCUGCCAAAGACUAGGAACAGUCUGCAAAGAAAACAUGCUGUGUUUUAUGAGCACAGUUGCGAAUAUACUAGCCGAUUGCUUGUGUAUAACAGCAGUUUGUGUACAGGUGCGUGUAUUUGGACUAUUUAUGGUAAAUAAGUGUAAUUUAAACUCGGAAGCGGCGGGGCGUUUCUGACGUUUUCGAUACAAGUGCACAUGUUUGGUGCCAAAGUUGUUGCCAUUACCGGCAGUGAUAAUUUAUUAGAGGUACGAGCUGUGUCGUAGAGAGAGAGGGGGAAAGAGAGAGA